GAUCGAUGUUCUGACUGGGGAGGGCCACAAGUUCAUCUUCUCAGAGUACAGGCCAAGUAUGACCUCAAGCCCAGACUCCACGGUGUGUAUUGCCUCAAGCCCAGAAUCUAGACCAGGUCUUACCUCUACUCCAGUGGACAGAACAAGCAGUUCCUCCAUCCCUGAGGCCAGGCCAAGCAGUUCCUCCAUCCCUGAGGUCAGGCCAAGCAGUUCCUCCAUCCCCGAGGCCAGACCAAGCAGUUCCUCCAUCCCUGAGGGCAGACCAAGCAGUUCCUCCAUCCCUGAGGGCAGACCAAGCAGUUUCUCCAUCCCUGAGGUCAGAACAAGCAGUUCCUCCAUCCCUGAGGGCAGACCAAGCAGUUCCUCCAUCCCUGAGGCCAGGCCAAGCAGUUCCUCCAUCCCUGAGGUCAGGCCAAGCAGUUCCUCCAUCCCCGAGGCCAGACCAAGCAGUUCCUCCAUCCCUGAGGGCAGACCAAGCAGUUUCUCCAUCCCUGAGGUGAGGCCAAGCAGUUCCUCCAUCCCUGAGGCCAGACCAAGCAGUUCCUCCAUCCCUGAGGGCAGACCAAGCAGUUCCUCCAUCCCUGAGGGCAGACCAAGCAGUUCCUCCAUCCCUGAGGGCAGACCAAGCAGUUCUUCUGCCACUCCAGGGUCUAGCCCCAGCAGUGAGUCUCUGUGCUGCAUGUCCAGCGGCCACAAUCAGGAGAUCAAUGUCCCAUCUGACCCAUCUGGUAAGCUCCUAGGAGGCCAGGCCAGCACCCCGAGGCCUCAAAACCCACUGCUGCUCAGUGAAGGGGAUCUGUCAGACAGGGAGCUAAUGCCCUAUGCCAACAGCAUUAUCAACAUUAUCAUGCAGAAGAUGCACCAUGACGAUGACCUUUACGAGUCCGUGGGUGGCCAGAAACCACUGUCCCCAAGAAGGCGAUCACGCUCAGCUCUUCUGUCACAAUACUCUCCUCAGGACAACUCUGAGAUCUCUGUGCUUUACAUCCCCAAGAGGGCUGAUCGGAAAUCCCUGAAGUCAGUUGAUCCGAAGGCCCUGAGAGUAGUCAGGUGGGUGCUGCAGACCAUCCAUAGACGCCAUGGGUGGCUGGGUCAGGCUAACGAUCACAGCAGACAGGCCAAAGAAAGCUUGCUGCUCUGUGAUGUCAUCCAGGUCCUGCUUGAGAAGCUCGACCACAAGAUGGCCACUACUGGAGAUCUACAGGUGGCACCUACCCAAACAUAUGCCCUACAUACUGACGACCGCUUCAAGACGAAGUUGCAGGAGGCUACAGUUGAACCCAUCAGCGAUAUCAUCGGACAUCUGUCCAUCAAUCUGCUGAGGUCCGAGUCUUGCUUCGUGCCUAAGAAGAGAUGGUCGUCGUCAAGCACCCGGGCUAAGAGCGUCUCAAUGACCAACCUGGGGAGCCGAGCUGCGGCUUCGGCUGUGGCCAUGGACAUCAGCUCCAAUGUGGUUGAGAAGCUCAAAGAGGCCUCAGGUAGCAGCAAGACCACCUGCUCGAUGACUAGCCUUCGGGACUUUGUCAGAGCCAUGACCGUCAGCCAACCAGAGCUCAGCCAGCAGGCCACCUCGUGUGGGUCAAAAAUUCACAAUGUUUACAGGGAGGUUCUGGAGAUCGUUGUGACCAAGCUGAGGAGUUUUGUCACCAAAGGGGGAUCAUUUCACAAGCCCACAGAGCACUUAGAGCAGAAGAUGGCGGAGAGCUGCCUCGAGGUAGAAUGUGCUUUCAUGGAGAUUCUGCAGACACUUAAGAGUCACGGAACAGGCGAUGAGGCAUGCAGCGCCUGGGCAGAUGACUGCAUGUCCACGACUAUCUCUGACACCAUGUUUAAACGUGUGACUGAGGGGGGCCAUCCUCCUCAUGUCUCUGGGGCAACGGUCACAAACUGUGGUCCAAUCAGAAUCAGUGAUGUUAACCAGAAGCGGCCUAUCAAGAUCAAGGCUAGAAUGUCCAGGUCCUCCGUGAACCUCCUACAAACCACUGUGGAAAAGUUUGUGCAUAAGCUGACGGGUGAGCGGGUGUCCAUCCCAGAACUAGGAGAAGGAAUGUCUACUUCUACCAGUCCCCAGCAAGGAAAGGAUCCUGAAAACCUACGUAGGCCACAGAGUGUUCAGAGGAGAUUCACUACUGAGCCUCCUCCGAGCUCUCGCCACGGAGCCAACUGAAACGGGAGGAGCUCAUUCGUAUGCUGUGUGCAUUGAUGAGCAAAUCCAUCAUUAGCUCCUUGUCUUUGGAUAGAGCUUUUCAGGUUCCAGUUGACGCAGUCUCAGAUACAAAGGAAAGCAGAGCUUCUGCUGUGAAGUUGGGUAGGAAUACCAGCACACUGGUGCCAACGCCCCCUCCUCGCCCCACCCACACGGAUAAUAAGCCUGUCCAAGAGGACAGCAGGAGGAGAAUCCGACCUCUCCGUACUCUUCAGGCUGCCAAGAGGGUGGUCAGCUCCAUGGACUUGGGCAUUUCCCGGACCACUAGUAGAAGCAAUGGGGUGGUAGGUCAGCUGGCGUGUCCAGCCAAAAGCAACAACAAUCCCUUCAGCGAGCCGCCAAGCACCUCUGCAGCCAGUUCAAACACAUCCCUAGUAGCCUCUGAGAUCACUGAGAAUUUGGUGUGUCAGCUCCUCCAGGGUGAUUCUCCAGACUUCAUGUCAUCCAGCAACCACACCAGCCCCAGAGGAACAACAUUAAACUAAUGGAACUGCAGAAACAUCGUUUUCUAAAUAUCUAGGCUUAAUAAAAAAUAAUUUUGCGAUGACAUUAUUUGGUCACUUGUUCAUCGUUUUAAUAUGAUCAUUCAAAGUAGACUACCUGAUUUUCACAUUUUGAUUUUCACAUACUGGUAUGUAACCCACUAAAGGUUUCCUCAUGUGUCCGUUGUGUAAGGAUAGACCAUAAAAAUAAAAGGAUGUAAGGAUGUAACUUAAUUCCUUGCCAGCAAAUCAUGAACGCUGUAAACAUUUCAUAGCAAUCAUAACCAAAGGUUAUCUAUUAUAUUGACAAGAUAGCCCAGUGACCGCUCUAACAAUGGAAAUACAU